AUGGCGGACCGAUAUUCCUUCUCGCUCACGACCUUUUCGCCCAGCGGCAAACUUGUUCAGAUAGAAUAUGCUCUCAAUGCAGUCAACCAGGGUGUCACCUCAUUAGGCAUAAAAGCAACAAAUGGCAUCGUUCUUGCAACAGAAAAGAAAUCCUCGUCUCCCCUGAUCGACCCUCCUUCAUUGUCAAAAGUGUCCCUCAUCACACCCAAUAUUGGCAUGGUCUACAGCGGGAUGGGUCCCGAUUAUCGAGUCCUUGUCGACAAAGCCCGAAAGGUGUCACAUACGAACUACAAGCGCAUCUACAAUGAGUACCCGCCCACCCGAAUAUUGGUCCAAGAUGUGGCGAGGGUAAUGCAGGAGGCGACGCAGUCGGGCGGUGUGCGACCAUAUGGUGUGAGCUUGCUGAUAGCUGGUUGGGACGAUGGCAUUGAACCGGAAACGACCGAAGCCAAAGAGGGCGAAACUGACGCCGAAGCAACACUGGCCAGCAGAAAGCCCGGAGGCAUUCUCAAGGGCGGGCCAAGCUUGUACCAAGUCGACCCCAGCGGGAGUUAUUUCCCUUGGAAGGCUACUGCCAUCGGCAAAAGUGCGACGAGUGCAAAGACAUUCUUGGAGAAGAGAUACAAUGAUUCUCUGGAGUUGGAGGAUGCCAUUCAUAUUGCGCUGCUGACACUGAAAGAGACCAUUGAAGGAGAAAUGAACGGCGAUACCGUCGAAAUCGGAAUCGUGGGCGAACCGGCUGACCACUUACUCGGGUAUGAGGGCGUCGAAGGAGCUGUUGGUCCCAGGUUUCGAAAAUUGAGCAAGGAAGAAAUCGAAGACUACCUGACGAACCUGUGA